AUGGCUUCUUUAUGGUACUGCUGUGGCUGCAACUUCGGCCCUCACAACUCUUCUCUCUACGACUCCUGCAUCCAGUGUGGAACACGCCGCUGUGCUCGCUGCACCGAAGAGAAGAUCUCCGACAACGCCAACAUGGACCUGAACAUGUCCUCCUACUCGCACUCCCACUCGCACUCGCACAGCUGUGACAUAACAUCACCAUACCCAGCCGCCGUACACAUGGAUUCUCCUCACACAAGGCCCCUCAACACCAGGGCGAUGCUCCCUCAAGUGCCAGAGCUACCUGGUGUUCGGCCGUUACUCCGUGCAGACUGCACAGAUAUGUCGUCGGCUUCACUAGCGGGUGUUCGAGUCCACGGCGAAACUUACUUGUACAUCUGUUGCAAGUGCGGUGAUGGACCCAAGACCUACAACGUUCAGCCCAGGUGCAUUGAAUGUGACCACACUGCCUGUGGAAGCUGCAACUACGUCAAGUGA